UUGAAAACCUCGUUAUUGAAGCUCAAAUUGAAGCCGGAUUAUGAUGGCGCUGCAGCAGCAUUGGAACGCGCUUCAGUGUGCUACCGUAAUGCUGGCGAUGUGAAGAAGGCGUCUAAGGUUUUGAUAGAAGCAGCGGAGCACUAUGAAGAACACGGAAAUCUGUUCCAUGCAGCUAAAGAUCUUGAAGGCGCGGCAAUGUUGCUGAAGGACGCUGGUGACGUUUCAGCAGCUUUUCCACUUUUUGAGAAAGCAAUUGUUCAAUAUGCCGAGUCAGGCAGUUUGGACACAGCUGCAAUGACUGUGGAGAGAGCUGCCAAAGUUGUAGCGCAGAACGAGCCGGAGAAGGCUAUUAAGUUAUACGAGAAAGGACUUGUACUCGUGCAGCAGUCUGACCGGUCAAAAUUGGCUGGUGAAUUCUUGAGCCAAAUUGCACAUCUAAAUCUGCGAUUGGAACGUUACAGUGAAGCAUCGAAGGCGAUACGUGAAGAAAUAGAGAAGUACGUCGAAGUUAAGGAGUCUGGCCGUGUCGGUCAGCUUGCCAUAGCUCUUGUUUUGGUACAAUUGGCGUUAGGAGAUUCUGUAGCAGCCGCUAAGCACUAUCAAUGGGUAAUCGAGCAAUCCUCUGAAUUCGAGGCCACUGACGAUGCGAGGAUAUGUCGAGAGCUAAUUGGUUGUUGGGAGAGUCACGACGACGAUCAGUUCCAGAAUCUGUUGAAAGAUGGUGUUUUACGAAGCAUGGAUAACGAUGUGGGCCAUGUUUUAAACAAUUCUUGCCACUAUUUUAAUAUCAGAUACCAUUGUUGUCUCCAGUAUUUACGUCUUAUGAAGAAACUUCAUGCACCUGAAGGAAGCGGUGAGGUUGACGCGGAUGCAAGUGAAGGGAACGACGACGAUUUAAAGUAG